CACACCAAACUUUAGCGAUUACUGUAGUAAUCUUUUUAUAGCGUCGCCUCCGUCUCUACUGGACAUCUCACAUCACAUAUAUAAGAAUUCUCUUAUUUUAGCUAGCGGCUACCCCUUUUUGAAUAAACAUAGAAGAUAGAGAUGGGAAACAGUAUAGGCAGAGGAAGGAAGGCAAAGGUGAUGAAGAUUGAUGGCGAAACGUUCAAGUUAAAGACUCCGGCGAGGGCAAGGGAUGUUGUCAAGGACUAUCCAGGACACGUACUGCUGGAUUCGGAGGCUGUUAAGCAUUUUGGUAUCCGGGCUAAACCAUUAGAGUCUGAACAGGAGCUGAAGCCGAAGAAAAUAUACUUCCUGGUAGAAUUGCCAAAGGUUCCUGAAGAGAAAGAGCUCAGCAGGGCCACCAGAAGGGUACGCUCAGGAAUUUACAUGAGUGCUAAGGACAGGCUUGAGUGCCUGAUGCUGUCUCGGAAAUCUGUUUCUGACCUUUCCAUUGCUAGAUCAUUGUCUACUCAAGUUCCUGAUGGGCCUACGCCGGUUCGGGUGAAAAUGAGGCUUCCUAAGGCUCAAGUUGAAAAACUGGUGGAAGAGAGCAAAGAUGAAGUAGAGGUGGCUGAAAAGAUUGUUGAUAUUUUCAUGGAAAAUUCCGGCGAAGUUAACUGCCGCGAUGGUAACCGACGGCAAGCGCUAUGGAGGCCAGAACUUGGUAGCAUAAGAGAGAAUCUUAAGCCACGUAAGAAGCGAGUGAGUUUUGUACCAGACGAAGGAGAAAUCAAAUUGGCAUUAGCCUCCUAUUAGCGCUGAUAAAAAAGAUUCAAGAGAAAAGGCAGAAUUAAACAAAUUUCAAGUAUGUCACCAAAUCCACAUGUACAUAUGCCAAAAUCUUUGGAGAAUUGGCCCAUGUUUAUCCAUCAUGAUCUCCUAUGUUCUUCCUUUGAUGGCAUUUUUGGCAUUGGGUCUCAAAAUUCUCAAUUUACAAGCUAUAUUUUGUGCAGGAGUAUUGUUUACUCCCUCUCAUUCUGGGCUAUGCUUCUGUUCUGUGUCUUUUUAUCUUGGCUUUGUACUCCUAUUUUAACUAGUAAUAAAAAUUUUGUCAUUAUUGUCUCA